AUGCACCUCCACGCGCUCAAGAGCACGCUUUUGGGUGCCCCGGUGCUGUACUCACUUGUUGCACUGGCUCUCGGAGCCUCCAGCAACGUGGAUUCCUCGGUCUCCAUUGGCGAUGGACUCCUCGCGUCGGCCAACGGUGUCUACAACUCCUCAAUCACUCCGUCGGAUCUCCCGUGGAACACAUACAACUACUGCAACGCGCCGCAUGUGAACGGGCAGCAUUAUACCAAGCCUACAAAUGCGUCGCACGCGAAGCUCGUGUACUUGAACGCGGUCAUUCGUCACCAUAAGCGGACGCCGGACAACCUGUACCCUUCGGAAAACGAGCUCAACGCGUUGCCCUGGGACUGCACCGACUUCCCGCAAUUCAGCUAUGGUACGAAUGCGGACACAGCGCGAGUCUUUCACAACACCAAUAGCCCGUCAUGGCAUCCCUUCCUCUCACUCUUUUGGAAUGGCACCUGCGACGGGGGACAGCUUACCCGUGGCGGUCUAGAUGACGCGGUCAAACAUGGCAAGGACUUUUGGUCCGUUUAUCACAACAAACUGGGCUUUCUGAAGAAGGUCGACGAGGAGGAUAUCCUCGUUCGCACGUCAGCGGCUACACGCACGUUUCAGGUAGCAGGCGGCUUGCUUUUUGGUAUGGAUCCCAAUAUGGCGGUCAAGGACUUCCCAGUGACUACUCAGCCCGAAAACAUUGACUCCAUUCCACCCAGCUAUCCGUGCCCCAAUGCAGACGCCAUCCGCAACGCGUAUCAGAGUGUGCCCGCUUGGACGGAUCAUCUACAGCAGAACAACGAUCUCCGUGUCCGUCUGGGAGAGGCUCUGGGCACUCUCGGGAUGAACGCCUGGGAAUCAUGGUACGAUCAUUACUUCGACACGUUCACCUCGCGUACCUGCCACAACCAUCCUCUUCCCUGCAACUCCACUGGCACUUGCGUCUCAAACGCCGAUGCCGCCAGAGUGUUUGCUCUCGGCGAUUUCGAAUACAAUUAUAUCUGGAACACCGCGGAGAACUCAACGACCUACAGCCAGCUGAACUUCGGCGUUUUUAUGCUUGAGCUCGCCCAUAACCUCAAACUCUUCCAGGCUGGUGAAGAGACUUUCAAGCUCCGAUUUUAUGUUGGCCAUGAUGGCUCCAUGAUCCGCCUUGCUGCCCUCCUCGGGCUCGGGAAGAACGGCGCACUGCGUUGGCCCGCGCUUGGAUCAGAGAUUGUCUUGGAGGUGUGGGAAACGAUUGACAAGAAUAUGUUCGUACGCGUCAUGCAUGAAGGUACUCCAGUGCCCAAUCUUGAGUGGACAGCUUUACACGACUUCAUCAAGAGCAUUGAAGCGCAGAUCCCCGACAAUAUUUUCCAAGCCUGUGUGGGUUCUUAG